GAUGUGUUUCUCCAAUGGCGGCGGGAAAUUACAGCUCAUCGGCCAUUUCUUUUCCGGAUUCCAAGGAUAGAAUGGGAAUGGAAUAGAUUCCAGAGGAAAUGGAAUCCUCUGAGGAAAAUGUGGGCCACGUGGCGAAGCUUCUCACAUCAGAAGAAUUUGAGAAAAUGAAGGCUCAGGAUUCGAGACUAGUUUCUGAACGUUGCGCAAUUUUGCUGGAGAAAGAAGCAAAAAAACACUGGGAUCUGUUUUACAAAAGGAAUACCACGAAUUUCUUCAAGGAUCGACACUGGACCACUCGGGAAUUCCAAGAAUUGUUGGACGUUGGAAGUAUCGAUAAUGGAUGCCUCAUUGAAGUUGGAUGUGGCGUCGGAAAUUUGAUUUAUCCUUUACUAGAAGAUGGGCUGAGGUUUAAAAAAAUUUAUGCCUGUGACCUGUCCCCCAGAGCUGUGAAUUUCAUCAAGGAGCAUAAACUUUUUGAUCCGAAAAUCAUGACAGCUUUUCAGGCAGAUGUUACAACGGAUGAUUGUUUUUCUGAUAUACAUGACAGUAUUGACGUAGCCACUCUAAUUUUCGUUUUAUCUGCAAUUCAUCCCCAAAAAUUUCAAAGUGUAGCCAAGAAUCUUUUUAAAAUCAUCAAAAGCGGAGGAACAGUUUUAUUCCGAGAUUACGGACUCUACGACAUGGCACAGCUGAGAUUCAAACCCGGUCACAAAAUUGCAGAUAAUUUCUACAUGAGACAAGACGGCACAAGGAGCUACUACUUUUCGACUUCAGAAGUUGAAAAAAUAUUCACAACCUCUGGAUUUUAUGUGGUAAAUUGUACAUAUGUUCAAAGACGAACCACAAAUGUGAAGGAGGGGAUUGAUUUACCCAGAAUAUUCGUUCAAGCUACAUUCAAAAAGCCUUGAACCUCCAUGAAGACAAAAUGGAGGGAAUUCUCAUGAUUGAAAACUGCAAAUGUAUUGAAUACAAAAUUGGAUUUUUGUAUUAAAAAUAAUACAUGCGUAAAAAAGGACCAUCCGCCAAUCGAUGAAUUAUAUCAAGGGCUUUAAGAGAAGGAAAAAGGAAUUGAAGACGCUGAUGGGUAAUCCGGACACGCUACGCAUACUGGGUGAAUAAUGAUGAAGAUAUUCCGGUCCAUGGGAUGCAGGUGAUGAGUCAUUAAAACUUCCUCGAUUCAAAUAUUUGUAAUUCUUCGUUCAUAGAUACCUGGACAAAUAAAUAAGUAACGAAAUUCGAAUAUUUUAA